GCGAAAAUUUAUAUUAGUGAUGAAGUUUUUGAGUUUAAGUUUUAUUACCGACGGAUUUUUAUAGUUUGAAGUGUUUUAGAAAUAAAGGGACGUUACAGUAUUUAUCGUUCAAGUGUAGGCAUUUCGUUUUAUCGGACUAAGGAAAGAGGCGGAUUUUGCAUAAGAGAAGGGUGCACCGAUCUUUUAAGUAAUAGAUAUAUAUAUUGCUAUGUAUGUUAAUUUCUAAAAGUAGAAAAAAGGAUAUGUUUUAAAUAAAAGCAGUUCCUGUAUUCCCAGAAGAAACUGUUGAAAGCACAGAAAAUCUUGAUACACCAGAUGAUAUAGUGGAGAAUGGUGAAGAUAUACACAUGAACAGACACAGCCCUCAAGGUGAUGUCACUGAUGAUAAGAAUCUCCUUAUGAACAACACUCAUCUUUGUACAAACUGCAAGGCAGAAUUCUUGGAUAUAAAUGAACUUUUGAAACAUAAGAAAGAGUGCUUGAACUCAGCUAUGUUGUUAUUUAAAGAGAAUAGUGAAAAAACUGAGAACCAGUCUGAUCUGUGUAAUAUGAAUGGUUUUACAAAUCAAGCAUCUGAUGACACUGAUGUAGUGGAUGGUGAGAAUGGUUCACAAGGAGCUGAUGUAAAUCCUGAUGAAAAUAUUGAAGGUUACCAGACUGGUAAUGAUGAAGUUGAUGCAGGUGGUGAUGAGGAAGAUUUUGAUAACCAGUCAAAUUAUGAUGAUAUAGAAGAUGAUUACAAUAAAUCCAUUGAUGAUAUUGAAGAUGAUGAGAAUGACUUUGAUGACAUGAAUGAAAAAGAACUAGGAGAGAAAGCAAAGACUAGUAUAACACCAGCUCAGUUGUCUGCAUACAUGCAGCAAUUACAAAGUUUAAUACCUGGCAUGAAUCCCAAUUCUAGCUCUAAUGUCAUGUUAGAACCAAUGGAAGCGACAAAGGCAGCGGUUGCACAGUUUGCUGAAAACAAUCCAGAGGAGGAGAAAGAUGUUGGCAAGCUUCAUGCAGCCCUAUUCAACUUACAGCAGCAACAGAUAAUGCAAUUACAGUUGAUACACCAGUUACAGCAACAGUUGGUGGCAGGUGGAGUGCAGAAUGGUCAACAACUUCACACAGCUCUAAUGAACCAACUUCCUCUUGCAGCUGCUGGUUUCCCAGGAUUCAACUUACAAGGUGGCCUUGGAAGUCUACCUAAGCAAGAACCGUCAUCUAAAGCUUCCUCUCAACGUGAAACUCCAUCACCUAAAUCAGAAGUUGCUUCAAGCAGUGAAAAGGCGAAAGACGAGUUGUCAAGAACAACUUCUCCUACUCGACAACAGUCACCAGAACUUUCUUCGAAAACAGUGUCAGUAUCCACAACUGGGGGAACCACAUCAGAACCACCAGUGUCAAGUUUUACAUCACCAACAUCACUGUUGAUGUCAGCAGCAAGCAAGGCAGGGCAGGUAUCCUCAGCAAAUAGUUCUUCAAGUUCAUCCGCUAUCCUUGACUACAGUGGGUCAGGCUCUAAAGAGAGCAGCGAAGGAAGGUCUUACCUUGGCGGCGAUGACCCUUUCUUCAAGCACAAGUGCCGACUGUGUGGUAAAGUGUUUGGAAGUGACAGUGCUCUACAGAUACAUGUUCGUUCCCAUACAGAUGAGCCAAUACACGAUGCGUUUUUUGUGGACGGUGUCCCCUUGGGUUUGGGUGCGGCGCUGUCCACUUCCGAUUUUUGGACAUGGGAAAAGCCAUUCCAAUGCAACAUUUGUGGGGGAAGAUUUUCAACGCGUGGAAAUCUUAAAGUACAUUUCCAACGACAUAAGGCAGAAUUCCCUAAUGUUGAAAUGAACCCAAAUCCAGUUCCAGAGCAUAUGGAUAAAAAUCCAAUGCCUCUAUUGGGGUCACCAUUUCCAGCAGCAGCACUUACACCAUUUGCAAAUCCUGCGUUCAUGAUGCCAGGUCUAAUGAACGGCUUUAUGUUUCCACCGCCACAUCUUGCCCCUAGACAACCAAUGGCAGCUCAUCAUGGUAUGAUUCCAAAACCAAACUUCGAUGAAAGAAGACCCUCGAGCCCAAAACGAGAAUCAAAAUUGUCUGAUAUUAAAAAGGAAGUGAGUCCCGAUCGACCUCGGUCAGACAUACCUCCGAGAAGAACACCCGAGGAAAAAGACAAAAUCAAGUUGCCAAUAUCAUCUGCGAUGUCAUCAGGGCAUUUGAGUAGGCCGAGUCCAGUGAUGCCAAUGUCUAGUAUACCACUGGUGAGCACGUAUCCAGUGAUGUCUCCACUUCCAUCUCAACCACCAUUUCCUCAACAUCAUAGACCUCCAAUAAUGACCUCAACAUCAAUGUCAAACAAUGAUCCUUUCCGAAACACAAUCUUGCCGUCAAACAUCCUUGACAAUGACGAUAAUCUCGAACAGUUUAUGGAGAUUGACAAGUCAGAGACCAGCAAACUUCAGCAGCUUGUUGAUAAUAUAGAGCAUAAACUGACUGAUCCAAAUCAGUGCGUCAUCUGUCACCGAGUUCUCAGCUGCAAGAGUGCUCUUCAGAUGCAUUACAGAAUUCACACAGGCGAACGGCCAUUUAAAUGUAAGAUCUGUGGCCGAUCGUUCACAACUAAAGGUAACUUGAAGACUCACAUGGGAGUCCAUCGUGCAAAACCUCCUCUACGAAUGAUGCACCAAUGUCCGGUCUGCCAUAAACAGUUCACCAAUCUCCUCGUCCUCCAGCAACAUAUCCGCAGCCACACCGGAAUGUCGGGACUUCCUACUCUACCGGGACUAAGCCAUCUCGGCAUGUAUGCAUCUGCCCGACCCCACAUGGAUGAACAUAUCAGCCAUUCUAGUAUGCUUAUGAAGCGGCACUAUCCCGAAGAGUUUGAGAAAGAGUUAGACUUGAGCAAGAAGCCAAGGAUCGAUAAUGAGGUCGAAAAACUUACAAACAAUGGAAGGUCAGAACCAGCAGACGACAUUGAGGAUGGUAAUGAUGAUCUAAGUGAUAGUGAGGAACAGAAUGAAAUGGAUGAUGAGGCAAAUAAAAUUGCUGCAGACGAGGCCAAGAAAGAGGGACUGAACCAGGAAAGCAGUGAUGGUAGAUCUACUCCAGAUAAUUCCAGAGAUGGGGUAGAUAAAAAUGAUGAAACUGAAGUAACCUCUCACCAGAACAGUUCUUUGACUUUUCCAUCAUCUCAUCCAAGAUCUUCCAGCCCAAAAUAUCUUCAAGAAGACUCGAACCCUUCACAAGAAGGCAAUUUUAAUGCUUAUUCUACAUCUCUAGCCGCUCUUGAGGAACGUGUGCGACAAAUUGAUACGACUAUGGCAAGAAACCCACUAUCUCAGUUUCACGCCGCUCCAUUUCUUCUCGCACCGUCGUAUUCUAACGGAGAUGGUGCCGUAUCACCUCGAUCAGAAUCCGGUUCAGACGAGGGCCGAAAAGCUUCCACUCCAGGAAGCGUCGGCGAUGGAAGUCUCGGCUGUAACUAUCUUCUUGGUGCCAUGGACGGAAGACCUAUUGAUGGUAGUAGUAAAUCAACAACAUGCAAUGUUUGUUAUAAAGUAUUUGCAUGCAGGAGUGCAUUAGACAUUCAUUAUCGCAGUCAUACACGUGAAAGACCAUAUAAAUGUGACCUUUGUGAUAGGUCAUUUACAACACGUGGUAACAUGAAACAACAUCUGUUAACACAUAAGCUUAAUGAUGGGUCGGAAAAUGGUGACUAUGAAAGCAAUAACAAUAACUCAUGUACUCCAAAUCAGAAUGACAAUGAAAGUGAGGAUAGUGAUGAUUCUACAGAAUCUCGUGAAAUUCAUCGUAGAGAACAGUCACAGUCAGAAUCUCAGGUCAUUAUGAAAAAAGAUAAUUUUACACCACCUGAAAAAUCCUCCUCAUCAGUGACUCCUCAGUCAUCAUCUUCCUCAACGAGUAGAAGUUCAGGUGUAUACCCAAGUUCAGACAACACGUCUCCAUUUAUAAGUAAAAAUCCAACAGUUAAGCAUCAAUGUCUUGUAUGUCAGAAAGGUUUCUCCAGUGCAAGUGCACUUCAAAUCCACAUUAGGACUCAUACGGGUGACAAACCAUUCAAAUGUAACGUGUGUGGCAAGGCCUUCACAACAAAGGGUAAUCUUAAGGUACACAUGGGAACACAUAUGUGGAAUAACAGCCCUAGUCGGCGUGGGAGACGCAUGUCUAUUGAACCACCAUUCAUGCUUGCCCAUAAAGAAAAUCCCUAUUUGCCUCAUGGUUUCCCACCAAGGCCUGAUUUUUAUCCAUUUCAGUUUCCUCCAUUUAUGAAUGGACUGCCAACGCCCCCAAAGUCACUGUCAGAUGUGUCCCUCUUGCCUGGAAUGACAAGAAUUAAACAAGACAUGUCUUCUCCGCCAAAUGAUGAGAGACGUAAAUCUGAAAGCAGCCCAUCCCAAGAAGAGAAGCCGAAAUAUGCAGAAUCUGGAGAACUUGAUCUCAGUAUGAAAUCCACAGGGUCGUCCGGUUCAAGGUCAUCAGAAAAAACCUCGCCAUCCAGUAUUGACUCUAACGGUUCAUCUGGAAUGGUGUCACCACCUCACAUGUCUCUCGGGUGGGGAUGGAAAGCAUCUUGCCACUUGUGUAGUCGUUCAUUCCCAACACCAGCAGCUCUUGAACAUCAUGUACGAAGCAUGCACAUGGCGGGUUCCUCGUUACCAAAAGUCGAGGCGUCAUGAUAUUUCUUUUAAACUAGUCUAAAUUCAGACAUUGGCAAAAAAUAUCAUUCCUAUAGUAUCUUAUUUGACUAACUUAGUCAUUACCUUAUCACAAUUACGUCUCCUAGCACAGGAAAGGAAUCAGAUUAAUAGAAAAUACAUUCAUUGUUGUAACUAGUGAAAAAAAAAAACACAUUUAAAACAGUAAAAAAAGUAUAUUUAUAUAUUGAAACAUUGUUGUGACUGGCCACUAAGUAUUAAAACAAUUCACUAGUCUCACUUCUUAUAGUAUUAACUGGUACAUGUUGUAACAUACAACAUUUUUCACACUAGAUCCGUGUUCUGAGAUGGAAAACAAAACACAAAAUAUUUGUUUCCUUUAGAGCAUUCUGUGGAAAAACUUGGUUUUGAAUUUUACCAAGGUCUCUAAUGUGACCUUAGUACUAAUGUGGAAUUGAAGUACACUGGUUUUGGAGAAAAAUGUUGAAAUGAAUAAUUUCUAAACUUACGUUUUUUAUCAUGUAAAUCUUGCAUUGAAUGUAUAUAUUGCAUUUGAUUAUUGUUGAAAAUUGAUUUUUUUUUUUAUUGUUAUAUAGAUUUGAGGCCAUUGCAAAAAAAUGUUUGGUUGUCGGACAUUGUGAUUUAACUAAUGUGCUAAUUUUUUUGCUGAACAAAAUAAGACUUGGGCAUCUCUGUAAAAACUGAGUAUUGUUAUCCAAAAAUCUUGGAUAAAACAUUAUCAAUGUCUGUGAACCAAACAUUGUUUUGUAUUGGCCUGCAUUUUAUACUAUUUUAGUACUUUUUAGGUAAAUGAAAAUUAUAAUUGUUGCUGAUUACUGUGUCAAUAACUUUGUUAAAAUAUCACAAAUGCUGUCAAAACGCAAGAAGCAUUUAUUUAGACAUAGUUUGCCUGACAUUUAGGUCUUUUUUUUUAGAUUUUUACAUGUUAAUGUUGCAAAUGUUCAAUGGUUGUGGAUUCAAUGUUUUUGAAGAUAAAAAAGAAAAAUACACUUGUAUUUCAUUUCUUUACAUUUUGCUUUACAAAGAUUUUUUUUGUACAUAGCAGUUGUUAAGAUUUAGUUGAUUCCAAAAUGUUAGAAGUUUGUAUCUUUAAGAAUGCAGAUUUUCUUUGUUCUUGAAUUAUAGUACCUAAGUUUAUAAAUUACAUGUACAUGUAAUGGGAACCAUUCAUUUUUGAAGGCAUGAAAUAGUAUUGUUGUGAAUGACAUGUUAACUUUAUGAAAGAGUUUUGCUGUUAAUGGUUUUAAUUAUUUUUUAUUAAAAGUUCACUUUUGUUCAUAUCAUUGUGUUCAAACUGUUAAGUUACAGCAUGUGCAUUACAUUACAUAACAUUGUUUCUAUAGUUACGCAAAUUGACAUUUUAUUUUUAGAGGUGCUUAUUGUUUUAUUGUUGGUUAUUUUUCUUCCAGCUUAAUUCUAAAGACAAAAUUAAUAAAAGUUAUAAAUAUCUAGUCAAAGAACAUAAGCAAUAUAUAAAAAAUUGUUUUACCACAAAAUGGUCAUUGGUUGUAUUUUACAAUUUUCCAUGCAAGAAAAUCUUAAAAUUUCUGUAAUUAUUUUAAUAUCAACUUUUAAAUGUAUUCAAACUGUGAGCAAAAAAGUUAUUAAAUGCAUAUUCCAUAUAAGGUGUUAUCUUUCCAUAUAUCUGUUGUUUAUAUUUAACUUAAACCCAGGAGUUUAAGACAUCUUUUAAAAAGCAGUAUUUUAAAAUGACCUGUAACACAUUCUGUUUUAGGUAUUGUUACUUUCACUUUGUUUCUGUGCAUAUUGUAUUCAAAGGCACUGUUUAUGAAAAAAUGAAAGAAAGCAGCUAAGCUAGACGUUAAUAUAGGUUCAUAAAAUAUGUAACACAUGAAAAUGGUAUAUUCCAAACAAGGCUGAAUGCAUAUUAGACACU